CGGGGCGGGACCCGCCGGAGCGCGGCCCCCGGCGCAGCGGCCCCCGGCCGGGCAUCUCCACCGGCAGCGGCCUCGCGGCCCCUUCGCCUCCUCCAGUCGCGGAGAGAGCUCCGGCCGCCCCCAGAGGAGGCGGUGCCGGCUCCGGCGGCCCGAGCGUCCCGCGGCGCGGCUCCUUCCAAUCGCGGGCCCGGGGCGGGGCCCAGCGGUGACAUUGAGCAGGGCCCAGCAGGCCCGAGGUAGCGCCAUGUGGGGCCGCGCCGAUAUGGCUGUUAAACUGCUGGGAAGAAAUAUUCCCUCAGUUCUGAGGAUGGCCGAGGGAGUGGACCUAAAGAUAAGCAGAAGGUUGUGCAUUAAACGUCAGCAAGACCUUCAGUCGAAGAGUCGAUCUGCUUCGGGGGUGCCUGGAUACAGGCCUACUGACUGGGAGAAAAAGUUUUUGUUGUGGGCAGGCCAUUUCAAAAAGGCAGAGGAUAUACCAGACACUGUCUCGCUUGAAACAGUGAGAGCAGCUAAGAGCACCCUGCGUGUGAAGUUCAGCUAUUUCAUGAUUGCUUUGACAGUAGUGGGAUGCAUCAUCAUGGUGGUUAGGGGGAAGCAGGCUAUGAAAAGACAUGAAUCUCUUCUGAGCAUAAACUUGGAGAAGAAAGCCCAGUGGAGAGCAGAAGGUACAUCUGCUAAACCGUAGAGGAGGAAAUGAAGUGAUCAAGGACUGGGAUAGAAAAGCAAAAGUCCCUUUCAGCACUGAGAGCUGGAUAUCAUCACAUCUUUCCUGUAUGUUAGUUCUGUACACUCACGUUCAAGAAAAAAUAAAUAAGUUGUCUCAUAAUUAAUAAAA